AGAAAAGAAAAAAGAAAAAAGGGAAAAAAGUUGUAUGUCAAAGAGUAAAGCUGGAAGGCAUUAAGACAUGGAAGUUAUCUCAGGAGGAUGAAGAGCCUGUCUAGAAAACAGGGGGAGAUUGGGAAUAAGGUUCUGAGGGGCCCAAUCAGCAGGGUGGGCAAUAGCAGGGACUUUGAGGUUCAAGCCCUGCUCUGCCACCAACUAGACUUUUUCCCUUGGGCAUAUUGCUUCACCUCCCUAUGCCUCACUUUUUAUCUCUAAAGGAGGCUUGUAAAACCUGUCUCAUAGGGAUAAUGUGAAGAUUAAAUGAGAUAAUGCCUGGUAUAACGUAGUUAAUAAAUGCAACUGUUGGGGGGAUGGGAAGGUCUAUAUUAGGUGAUGGGAGGCUGAUUUGGAGAAUGGAGGGUCCAUCCGGAGAACAGGAGGUUGGCCCUGAGGAAUGGUGGUGAUGUGGGGCAUGGAGUUGGGGAAGAUAGGAUAGGAAAAACUGGAUCCAAACCCCACAUAAACCUCACAGUUACAGGGCGGGGGCCUAGAGAUAUCCUCCAGGGGCUGUCAGCUUUUAGGACUGUGGAGAGGCGGUUGGGAGGGGGGCCAGCAGGGGAGAGGUUUGACUGCUAGUAACUCAUCAACUGCUGCAGUAAGGAGAAGCCUCCUCGGUGGCAGCUGCACCAGCAGCCUCAGAGCCUCCCCUCCCUUAGUCUUAGCUGUGUGACAGGUGGGAACUUAAAAGCUCAGGUCACGUGUCUUGGCUAGCUAACUUACCCCUUGAAGACAUAGCGGCUGGGACAGGCAGGGGCCAAGAGGAAUUGGCUGAGAAAGGCGAGAGCAGGGGAAAGUCCCAAGUGUGUUCGGGGAUCUACAUUUGAAGGCUUUGGGGGCAAGGGAGAGAAUGUGCAGGUGCGUGAGAUGCCCGGGGCACUGUCUGCGAGCCCUGUGCAUGCCCUGGCACCCAGGUCCCUCCAGGAUAUGGCAUAUGCCUGUCUUGAAGGCCUGGAUCUGGCUAGGCGACUCUACAGUCGGAGCAGGCUGAGCUCCGGGUUCCAGUUUAACGCUGGAACUGCUGCAAACUCCCUCAAAGCUGCUGCCAUUUUCCCUUCUUUACUAGUGCCCUAACUCAGGGAAAGUGUGAAUCGGGAGGGGGGGAUGUUCCAAUGUCCCAAGGCUCAUGCUUUUUUGAAAGCCUUUGUACCUAGUUUGGGGAUUUCUGGAGGGAAGCCUGCGCUCAUGGGCUGGAACUGAGGAAAACUGUUGCAGGGCUGGGAUUGUGUGUGAAGAGACUGACACCUUUACAAUCCCUUGAGAGAGACGGAAUCUGCACCCCACUUCCCCCACCCCAACACCAUUGCCUAAUCUGUCUUCCAAGGACUUGUCCCCACGGAGUGACUCCAGCUCUCCUUUCCUCACUGCCUCCAAGUUGGCCCUUUGUCGUCCAUUCCCAGUCCUGAGUUCACCCCUGCACCUCCUCGGGCCCCCACGUUGCAGGCGCUGCUCUCUCCUUCGCCGUCCUCGCCCCCCGCGGACUGCCAGGAGGCUCGGGCCCUUUAAGAGCGGCGGGACCGGCGAGCAGUAGCUGGGAGGAAAGCGCAGUCGCCCCCCGGGCUCGGAGGACACAGCGUCCGGGACCCGGCUCUGGGAAGCUAUUGUGCGCAGCCCAGCGGAGUCAGGGCGCGACCCCAAUCGGCCCUCCCCAUCCUUGCUAUCUCCUCCGACCCAAGGUCCGGCCCUCCUCCGUCGCCUGCCCCGCCCCGGCCCCGCCCCGGCCCGUGCCGCCGGGACCGGGAGCCGGGACGCGGGUGCCGCAGCCCGAGGCAGGCCGGCAGCGUGAUGGCGGAGAAGGCGCUGGAGGCCGUGGGCUGUGGACUAGGGCCGGGGGCUGUGGCCAUGACCGUGACGCUGGAGGACGGAGCGGACCCCCCUGUGCUGACCACGCACCUGAAGAAGGUGGAGAACCACAUCACUGAAGCCCAGCGCUUCUCCCACCUACCCAAGCGCUCAGCCGUGGACAUCGAGUUCGUGGAGCUGUCCUAUUCCGUGCGGGAGGGGCCCUGCUGGCGCAAAAGGGGUUAUAAGACCCUUCUCAAGUGCCUCUCAGGUAAAUUCUGCCGCCGGGAGCUGAUUGGCAUCAUGGGCCCCUCAGGGGCUGGCAAGUCCACGUUCAUGAACAUCUUGGCAGGAUACAGGGAGUGUGGAAUGAAGGGGCAGAUCCUGGUUAAUGGGAGGCUGCGGGAGCUGAGGACCUUCCGCAAGAUGUCCUGCUACAUCAUGCAAGAUGACAUGCUGCUGCCGCACCUCACAGUGUUGGAAGCCAUGAUGGUCUCUGCUAACCUGAAGCUGAGCGAGAAGCAGGAGGUGAAGAAGGAGCUGGUGACAGAGAUCCUGACGGCACUGGGCCUGAUGUCCUGCUCCCACACGAGGACAGCCCUGCUCUCCGGUGGGCAGAGGAAGCGCCUGGCCAUCGCCCUGGAGCUGGUCAACAACCCGCCUGUCAUGUUCUUUGAUGAGCCCACCAGCGGUCUGGACAGUGCCUCUUGUUUUCAAGUGGUGUCCCUUAUGAAGUCCCUGGCACAGGGGGGCCGUACCAUCAUCUGCACCAUCCACCAGCCCAGUGCCAAGCUCUUUGAGAUGUUUGACAAGCUCUACAUCCUGAGCCAAGGUCAGUGCAUCUUCAAAGGCAUGGUCACAAACCUGAUCCCCUAUCUAAAGGGACUCGGCUUGCACUGCCCCACCUACCACAACCCGGCUGACUUCAUUAUUGAGGUGGCCUCUGGCGAGUAUGGAGAUCUGAACCCCAUGCUGUUCAGGGCUGUGCAGAAUGGGCUGUGCACUAUGGCUGAGAAGAAGAGCAGCCCUGAGAAGAAUGAGGUCCCUGCCCCCUGCCCCCCUUGCCCUCCAGAAGUGGAUCCCAUUGAAAGCCACACCUUUGCCACCAGCACCCUCACACAGUUCUGCAUCCUCUUCAAGAGGACCUUCCUGUCCAUCCUCAGGGACACGGUCCUGACUCACCUACGGUUCAUGUCCCACGUGGUGAUCGGCGUGCUCAUCGGCCUCCUCUACCUGCAUAUCGGCGAUGAUGCCAGCAAGGUCUUCAACAACACCGGCUGCCUCUUCUUCUCCAUGCUGUUCCUCAUGUUCGCUGCCCUCAUGCCAACUGUGCUCACCUUUCCCUUAGAGAUGGCGGUCUUCCUGAGGGAGCACCUCAACUACUGGUACAGCCUCAAAGCGUAUUACCUGGCCAAGACCAUGGCUGACGUGCCCUUUCAGGUGGUGUGUCCGGUGGUGUACUGCAGCAUUGUGUACUGGAUGACGGGCCAGCCCGCUGAGACCAGCCGCUUCCUGCUCUUCUCAGCCCUGGCGACUGCCACCGCCUUGGUGGCUCAAUCUUUGGGGCUGCUGAUCGGAGCUGCUUCCAACUCCCUACAGGUGGCCACCUUUGUGGGCCCAGUUACCGCCAUUCCUGUCCUCUUGUUCUCCGGCUUCUUUGUCAGCUUCAAGACCAUCCCCACUUACCUGCAAUGGAGCUCCUAUCUCUCCUACGUCAGGUAUGGCUUUGAGGGUGUGAUCCUGACCAUCUAUGGCAUGGAGCGAGGAGACCUGACUUGUUUAGAGGAACGCUGCCCAUUCCGAGAGCCACAGAGCAUCCUCCGAGCGCUGGAUGUGGAGGAUGCCAAGCUCUACAUGGACUUCCUGGUCUUGGGCAUCUUCUUCUUAGCCCUGCGUCUGCUAGCAUACCUUGUGCUCCGUUACCGUGUCAAGUCAGAGAGAUAGAGGCGUGCCCCAGCCCCCGCAGCAGGACGCCCCCAGCCCCAGCCCUUUGGGACUGUUUUAACCUUAUAGACUUGGGCACUGGUUGCUGGAGGGGCUGCCCUCCCCUCCCUUGGCUCCUUCCCAGGCUGGCUGUUGGACUGUGCUGUCAGCCUGGGCCCUGGGAGUAGGGGGCUCCAGCCUUCCCCACCAUGUCCAGGAGCCUUCCCAUGUUGCUGCGGUUUGUAGCUUCCUCCCUACUCUCUCUAGCACCUGCAUGCAAAGACCACUGGGAGGCUCCUCCCUCCUUCCUGCCCGUGGCACCCUCUUUUGCUGUCUGCCUGGGAGCCCCAGGCUCUCCAGGCCCCCACUUACAACUGACCAAAGUGGCCCCCUCUGGGGGGCCCCACCACACAAGUGUUUGUAAACUGGGCUGCUAUAAGUUUGGAGUUCCAGGGCUGGGCCCUGGUGGGGUCCCCGGAAGUCCCAUUAUGGACGAUGCAAUGGAGCAGGGAAGGACUCUGGAAGUCUCUUCCUCCUCCUCCCCUUCUCCCUAGUCUACCCCUAGAUCCUGGCUGACUUGGACAAUCUGCCAGGACAGAAGCUGGGUUUUCUGUCUCGGUCACCACUCACAAUCCUGGGGAUUGGAGAGGCCUGGGGCUGUGGGAUGCCCCGUCCCUAUCCCCAUCACCUUUGGUGGGGGUAGGGCCUGCUGGCACCUGUGCAAUAAUGUCUGUGUUUUCUCUCCCAUAUGCCACUGGAACUGGCAGAAUGUACUUUAUUCUGGGGGGUGAGUGGGGAAAGACCCAACCCUCCUUUCUCGCUGCCCCUGACACAGGCAUGGUCUUGUGAUGCUCCCUCCCUCUCUGGAGUGGCAGGCACAUACAUAUGAACAGGCAAUCUCAGCCCUACACACUUGCCAUCCCCUACAAUGCAGAGGAAGAGUGAUGCUGGCAUGCUGGUGGUGGCAGGUGCUGGGGGGAGGACAGUGCCAACCUCCUCCUGGGGAUCCCUUGUUGGAGACUGUAAGGAUAAGGCUGGUGCUGCCCAGGGUGUCUCUAGAAUCUGGAGGUGUCUACCCCCCAGUCUUCCCUCCUCCCAAGCCAGGGGUGGCACAGGGCACUAGAUCCCUGGAGUUCAGGACCCAACACAAGCACAAGCAAGGGCAUAAGUUGGCCUUGGCCACUGCCACCCCAUGGUCCUCCUUUUGUGCUUCAUGCUGAUGUCUUCACCCUCUACCCCUUCUCCAGCCACUGCUGCUCAUUCAAACUUCUGUCCAUGUCCCUCCACUGUUCCUAUCAGCAGGUGGCCCCUGGGCAUCAGAACAGCCUGCCCUGGGCACCAGGUGGCAGACACACUCAGAGCAUGUCUGGCUUUCCUGAUGGGCCCAGGCUCAUUCUGCUUCUGAUUUCCCCUCCCCUAGGGUUCAUUUUCCCCCUAAUUCCUGUACACAUUCCUGUCUACCUCCUCUCACUCUGCCACAGAUUCUUCCCAUCACACAGAGAUGCCAGUUGUAUUUGCGGGAUUUCACCCAUUAUUAAUAAAACCUAUAUUUAUACAGUA